CAUGCUGAAGCCAUUAAGGAUCUAAGCGAGGUUCUUAAAAAUAUGCACACAGCUAAGUUAAUUUUAGAGGAGUUCCAGGAUGAGCUGCCCGUAGCUCAGGGGUUGGCUAUUAGGUUUCGGGAUGCGUUGCGUGCCGUCAAACAAAAUCUUAAGGAAUUCCUCAUCUCGCACUGCAACCAAGAGGAGUGCAGAGAUUUCUACAGAGACAAUGAGGUCAGGAUGCUAGACGAGGGAUGUCUGCACUUUGAUAGAAUUCCCUCAACGGAAGACUUGAUCAAGUCCAUUAACGAAAUUCUGGCCGGUAACUUUGUCAUCUAUCCCCUAAUGGCUGCUCAACAGAUCGCAACGGCGUACAGGAAUCACACUAAUAACCUGCUGGACACAAUUAAAAAGGAUCCCCAUAAAGACGACAAAUAUCUGCAGGAUAAGUACAAAGCAUCGUUAGUAGAACUCCGGGUAAAUAAGAUAGGGCCUGCAAUAGCGAUUCGUCGUAUUCCCGUAGCUGCUCUGCGCCGAAAGCUGGGACCUUCGUGGUAUGGAAGCAUGUUAGGAAUGCUCUUGGUGCUUAUGAUUUUGCCCAUCCUCCUGCUAAUUGCUCUUGUGGUAAAACUGUUUAGUCCAAAUGUGUCGAAUGGGCUACUCUGUGCAUUCCUCACUGCCGCCUUCAUGCUUUUCUCGAUACCCCUUGUCCUGGUGCUCUUCUUUCUGGUCCACGGAUUCUUGACGUAUGACAUUUUCUGUGCUGGACAUCAGGUGCCCGAAAGGAGGAUUCCGAUGUAUAAUCGACCGAUUUUGUAUCGACCGAAUAAUAAUCCAGCGAAUGAUAAACUACCGAAUCAUAAUACAAUGAAUGCUAAUACACCGAAUGCUAAUUCAGCGAAUGAUAAUCAACCUAUGUUAAGAUCUAGAGAUACGGUAGAUCCACCGGAUCACAGUCAACUGCAUGACCAUCCACUAGAUAACAAUCCUCCGGAUGAUAAUCAACCUGUGCUAAGAUCUAGAGAUACGUUGUAUCUACCACCGGCUGACAAUCCACUGGAUGACAAUCCACUGGAUGACAAUCCAUCAGAUAACAAUCCAUCAGAUGACAAUCCACCGGAUGAUAAUCAACUUGUGCUAAGAUCUAGAGAUACGUUGUAUCUACUGGAUGACAAUCCACUGGAUGAUAAUCCACCGGAUGACAAUCCACCGGUUGACAAUCCACUGGAUGAUAAUCUACCCGAUGAUAAUCAACCUGAGCUAAGAUCUAGAGAUAGGUUGUAUCUACCGGAUGACAAUCCACCGGAUGAUAAUUUUCCUGUGCUAAAGUCUGCAGAUACGUUGUAUCUACCGGAUAAUAAGCCACCUGUUCUAAGAUCUGGAGAUACGUUGCAGAGGUGCGCCGGUAAUGAGGCCUUGUGCGGUGACUUGGGUCGCAAAGAGUUCUAUGUCAAUACGAAAAGGGAUAUCCGGGAGGCGGCCGAGGACCAGGAGCUCUUGCGGAGUAAGCUCUUCAGCUACAACAGCUCAGAAUUCACCCAAUAUAUGUGCCGAGAGCUCGUGCCGGAGCCCAAACCAGGACCUCUGCCGGAGCUGAUCAGUAGACUGGCCAACCUGACCAGAAGUGUGGGAUCGCCUCCUUUUCUGUUAAACCAAACCAUCAGGCUGCAAGUCGCUCACAAGAAACUGGGGCAACCGCUAGCCGCGAUCAUUCAGCGACUGCUGGGUAAACUGAAGCAGCUGGAUCACCUACUGUCCGGCGGAAAUAAAAGCUUUGACACGUACAUGAGCCGACUUCUGGAAAAGAUUAAACAGUUUCAACGCCGCGAUUUCGUUGGAUUUGGUCUGCAAAAUGAAACCAAGGAAUCGAUGAAGAGCUUAGCUCAGGCUCGCCAUUACCAUGGCCAUCACGGCCACCACCAUCACGGCCACCACCAUCACGGACACCACCAUCACGGGCACCACCAUCACGGCCACCACCACCAUAAUCACACAAACCAUCAUCACCACGAUGAUAAUCACACCGAGGAUCAUCACCACAACUAUAAUCACCACCAUCAUCAUCACCACUUUCAUCAUCAUCAUCACCAUGGUGAUAAUUACACCGAUGAUCAUCACAUCAAUGAUCAUCACCACAAUCAUCAUCACCACGAUUAUCAUGCUUCGUAUCCCUAUGGGAGCUUUGAUCCCUAUUUCUAUAAUAGUUUAGCUCUGAAUCGCUAUUUGAUUUACAAAGAUCUUUGUGGGAGUAUUGCCAAUCCAAUGAACGCCAUCUGGUUCUGGCUUCUACCCUUCACCCUGAUGCUUCUGCCCGCCAUCUGCUGCAGUCAUUAUCUGAGAUGUUACUGCCGAUGUUGUAGGAAUGUUUGUGAGGACCCCUGCGCGGCCCCGUGCUCGGAACCCUGCGCGGCCCCCUGUACGGCCCACUGCACGGCCCCCUGCACGACCUCCUGCACGGCCCCCUGCACGGCCUCCUGCACGGCCCCCUGCACGGCCCCCUGCACGGCCCCUUGCACGGCCCCUUGCACGGCCCCUUGCACGGCCCCUUGCACGGCCCCUUGCACGGCCCCUUGCAAGGCCCCUUGCACUGCCACCUGUGCGGCCCUCUGUGCAGCCCCCUGCACGCCACCCUGCGCGGGUCGUUGUGUGAACCCUUGCGUUUCCACCUGUGCGGCUCCUACAGAUUACACCUGUUGCACGGUGCCAAUGGAAUUCCCAGACUGCUCCUGCUACACAAUGAAAGACUGUUCCCACUGCAGAUAUUUUCCAGUGGUGGACGAAACGAAUGUCGACCAAUUGAAUUUAAAUAUGCAUUUAUGAAACAGCUCAAAAA